GGUCAGUCGCCUUGACGGAAAGGGCACUUUAGUGCUGCCGAUAAGGAAUAAAGAUAAAUUUUUAUUUUUUUGCUUAUCUAAUGCUUGGAGUUUGAAGAGACAAAUGUGGGUUUAUCCUACUCCUACUACCUAUAAUUUAUAUAGAAGCAAAAACAUUUGAUGCAGCUGUUGCAGACAACUCGGUCAUCUGUUGCUAGUUUCACGCUUGGAAACAUUAUUUUCAUUAAAAUUAAAUGGAGAAAUUGUAUGGCACUGCUGUAAUACUAACUGUAUUUAACCUUGUUCAUGGAGGAUAUUUCUGCUGUAUUUUGACUUAGCAUACGGUUACCAAAAUCAGCACAAAGUUUUUGUGGGUGCCAAAUUGAUGUUUUAGUUGAGAUGAUUGAACUUUGGACAAUUAUUCAAUAAAAAUUAAAAGUGUAUUCUCCAGAAAAUAGUAGACUUUGAUAUCCUAUUGCAGAACAUAGGAUUGUGUUAUGGUGUCACAACAAAAUUAAGUUAAAGAUCCAUAAAACCCAUUACCAAAUGCUCAUGAAAAAAGUACAAUAGGUGCUUACAUUUUUCAACUUCAGCUUAGGGUGUUUCUUCCCAAACAGCAUCUGGUUUCUGUUAAGAGAGUCCAUGUAGUUUACUGUGUAUGUUCAUGUAGUUACUGACCCAGUCAGAUAUACAACCAGUUUCUGAAAACACAAUCAUAUACUUUAAUGUAAAGGAUCAACAAAUUUAUAUUUUUUGAUGGCCCUUAAGAACUCGUUGGAACAUAUUUUUCAAAAGCACUGAUCACUAUCAUCACUACAACAUCUUAUCAUUUCUUUCUGGCACCAACACCAAAUGUCAUCUUGCAAGUGAAGACAGAUAAUGGAUUGAAAAAGACUAAACUUAAGUUGGGAGGAGUUUUUGCUGGUUCACCAUGUCAAGAGAAGAGAGAGAACCUCUGCUUUCCAACAGUCAGAACCACCAAGUUCUCAACAUUGAAUGUCACCAGACAUAUGGCUCAGACACUCAACAGAGUCUUCCAGUUUUGGCACAACAUCACCAUCAGGAGACACAUGUCGUCAGCAAACGACAUUCUUUACCAUAUGCAGAUUCCCAAAGUGACCUCACAAAUGAAGAAUGUGAUUUUGAAAUUAAACCUGACUCUGUGCAUGUACCUCACACAAGAGAUCACUCCUUUAAAUGGAAGACCUUGUGGGCUUUCACUGGACCUGGCUUUUUAAUGAGUGUUGCUUACCUUGACCCAGGUAAUAUUGAAUCAGACCUCAUGUCUGGAUCCAUUGCCAAAUAUAAGUUACUUUGGGUACUGAUGUGGUCAACAGCAAUGGGCUUAAUCUUGCAAUUGCUAGCUGCUCGACUGGGCUGCGUGACAGGAAUGAAUCUGGCACAAGUUUGUCGACAGGAGUACACCCGACCACCACGUCUUGUUUUAUGGUUAAUGACUGAAGUGGCCAUCAUUGGGAGUGAUAUUCAAGAAGUCAUUGGUUCUGCCAUUGCUAUCAAUCUUCUGUCAGAUAACAAGAUCCCUCUCUGGGCAGGCGUGCUAAUCACAGGUAUUGACACGUUCACAUUUCUGUUCCUUGAAUCUGCUGGUCUGAGAAAACUGGAAGCUUUCUUUGGUGCUCUCAUCACUACUAUGGCUGUUUGCUUCUUGUACAUUUACAUAAAAGUGACUCCAGACCAACUUCAGAUCCUAGAAGGCCUCUGGUUUCCAUGGUGCCAGGACUGUGAUCGUGCUGCCAUCAAGCAGUUGGUCGGCAUUGUUGGUGCUGUUAUUAUGCCUCACAAUAUAUAUCUUCAUUCUGCUCUGGUUCUGUCGCGAGAUGUCGAUCAUUCAGACAAAGGAGCAGUGAGAGAAGCCAAUAUGUACUAUGCCAUUGAGUCAGCUGUUGCCCUCUUCAUCUCUUUCCUGGUCAACCUGUUUGUUGUUGCUGUUUUUGCUGCUGCCUUUACUGAGCCAGAGAAUGCAAGUCUUCGGUAUGCUGGCCAGUGGUUUUCAGACAACUAUGGCUUAGCCAUGAAGAUUAUGUGGGGACUUGGUCUGCUGGCAGCAGGUCAGAGCUCCACUAUGACAGGCACUUACGCUGGCCAGUUUGUGAUGGAGGGAUUUCUACAUCUUCACUGGGCCAAAUGGAAAAGGGUACUACUUACUCGAAGCAUCUCCAUCAUCCCAACUGUUGUUGUGGCCUCUGUGACCUCGUCCAGAUUGGAAGACAUGACACAGUGGUUAAAUGUUCUGCAAAGUGUGCAGUUGCCCUUUGCUCUUAUUCCCAUCAUGCAUUUUACCAGUAGCCCACGUGUCAUGGGUGAAUUUCAUAAUACGCUGUUUGUACGGAUCAUUGUGGGCAUAGUGGUUUGCCUUGUGAUUGGUAUCAACAUGUAUUUAGUAGCUCUCUAUGUGCCUGACAAUGCCUCAUGGUACAUCUAUGUAUGCAUUGGAUUAGUUUUAGCGGUCUACAUGAGUUUUCUCUUCUUCCUGGCAAUUGGUAUUGAAAGGUUCUUAAAACUAAAGCUCUGGUUGAAAAGAAAAUGUGGAUGCAACACUCGCAGUGUUGAGGAUGAGAUACAUCGCAGAAGUCAAUUACAAUAUCCACGUCUACCAGCAAAUGUCAGUUUACACAAAAUGGACAUGAAUGAUUCAACCAGCUAGCGCAGAAAGGGUGCUGUAUUAUUCAUGGCAGGAUUGGUAACAACAGCUGAGGGUGAUGUGUAAUGGCCCUUAGAUAAUGAAGCAUCUGGUUCUCUUUGACAAAACUGUACAGCUCAAAAGAAUUACAGAUUUUUGUUUUAAAGCACUAAAAGUAAUAUUUGAAAGGGUGGGAUUUCUUUUUAGCUUCCCAGUCUUCUGUAGAUAAUUCAGACCUAUGGCCCAGUUGCUGUGACAGGGAUGGCCAUAAAGCUGAAGAUGAAUGUCCUCUAGCUGCAUUGUUUUCUUCCUGUCUAUGCUGUGUUUGUUAAGCCUCUGUGAUGAAGACUUUAUUAUUUUCAAGUUCAUGUACAUUCAAAUGCAUUUAAGAAAUGAAGUAACCUGUUUAUUAAACAGUUGAUGUUGAUAUUUUAAUUUUAAUGGAGAAUCUUCAUAUUUCUAGGCCCUAGACUAUGCCAAGAAGCAGAGUUUUGUUUUCCAUCUGCUUCGUGUGCACUGCUGACACUAUGUAACAUAGCUUUAUAUAUAAAAUUAUAGUUUUAUGCAGAUUUUAUAUGCAUAUUUCUGAGUUUCGUUUUUCGGCUAUUUCCAGCUGUGAGAUAUUUUGCUGUGCCGAUCAAAUAUUUUUGGUUUAAAGUCCUGAUGUACCUAAUAAGUUUACCUAGGCGAAAUUAGGGAUUCAUAAAAAUACUUUUUCAAGUAUACUUUGAGUUUACUGUGUCAUUCUGGCCACUCAUGAAAAGCUCACAUCCAUUCUUUCUUAUAAACUAGAACAUUCCUUGGUUAUUUUAUUGCCUCCUUUAUCAUUCAAUGAAAUGCAUUUAAACCUGCCUGAUAUUUGACAUCAUUGUUGAUAAUAUUGUGUCAUCAUGGAGAGUUGUGCUGCAUCUGAAUAACACAGCUGUUUUGAUUAUAUAUGCUUCUCCACACUCUUUUGUUUUAAAUACAGUUACUGCUAAUAGAGUUUUAAAGUUUGGAAAGUUUAUGAUGUUUUUCUUCUGCGGAAAUUUAAAUUCCUGUAAUAUUUUUUCAUUGAAACUUUUUUGGUGCAUUGUGAACUCCUGUUUUGCUUUGUCCUUAUAAAUCAUGCAUCACAAUUUGUUUUUGUUUUCAUUCACAAAAGUAGAAGAAGGUUGCACAUAUUUUUAUAUGAAAAAAAGAUUGAAGUGUAUACAGGGUGUUCCAAAAAUGUAUCCUCUCUUUAAAUAAUUAUAAAUGCAUCUUGUAUACAAAUAUAUUUCAAAAAACAAAAUACAAAAUCUGACAGACUGUACAGACAUUUGACUUUUUUGUCCAACUAAUUCCCGUUUUGGUUCAGGCAUUGUUGAUAAUGUGAAGCUAUGCAAUUGUGAACAUCAAGAAACUCUCUUUGUACUUCAGCUGCACUUUAAAACUUCCAGUAACAUUAUAUGAUGAAUUUACUUUGCUCAAAGCUUAGUUUGGCUGUCAUUAUCAAUUCCAAUGGAUUUAAUUAAAUUUUGGACUAUUGUGAUCAGCUGAAUUGAUUUGAUACCCUUGCAAGAAAGAAAUAGAAAAUUGUCUUCGGUAUCAUUUUCUACAGAAGAUUAAAGUACGUGUUUCAACAAUUUAUAAACCAGACCAGAACAAUAUACCAAAGAAAAUCAAUCUUAAACUCAUAAAAGAUGAUGGCAAUUUGACUUUGUGUCGAAAAUGUAUUGGCGGAUUUUUACCUGCUUCCCCACCUAUGAAUUGCAAAUUCAUUUUGAUUUUUCAAAGAAGCAUUCUGUAGAUACCCUACACAUAGCAGAUCAUGAUUGUAACAGUGGUGUGAUAGAAACAUGUUCAGCCUUGAUUACAAGAUUUUUUUAUUAUCAUUAUUUGUAAGGGGUCAUGAGCUUGACCUUUGGGCUUGGAUAUGAUGCUGUUUAAGUGUACUUAAUACAUAAACAUAUAAUUGGUAUAGAAAAUAGUGCUCUUUACAAAAUCUGCAUAUUUAUUGUAGAUGGCAGACUUAAUGACAUUAAUUGACAUUUAUGGUCCUUCAUUUGUUUCAUAGAUUGUGUUCUGUUAUAUUAUGUCCUGGUCCCUCAUUGCAUCUUUCAGCUUCAGCCAGCCGGAUAACAUCAUCUGAAGCACAACUUAAAAUAUGUGCCAAAUUUCGGCAGUGUGGUGAGAGGUUAUUUUUUGCCUCAUAUUCUCAUAUUUGACUCAUAUUCAUGUAAUUACUGUUGCUCCUCUAAAAAAGUACUCUAUUUACUCAAUACAUUGUUUUAGAAAGAGAGUUGUGAUCAAUAUCUGCCUGUUACAGUCUUGCCAGUGCGAAGGACUUUGCUACCUUUUUCAAUUAAUACUCGGACCUUGAAAUCGUCUUAUUAUGUUCAUCAGUGCGCAUGUGCACGUGGUACUAAUGAUCAAUAUUUCCAGCCACUAAUUACACUGUGACUGUUUCUGGUAAUGUUAUCGAUCGGUAUCGGCGUCAUGAUCCAUCACUCAGUGUCUUCAUCACCGUUCAUCAGAAGUUGUCUUCAACCAUAAUUAUCUUUUAUCAUUCAUGAUCCAUCGAUCAAUAGUCAUCGGUAUCGUUCUUCUUAUGCACACGUUGUGUUAACGUAUACUCUAUAGUUUCUGAUCGGAUAUUAAUUGUGACGACAAGCUUCGUUCAUAAUAGAUAUAGGCAAGUAGCAAUACUCAAUACUAUGAUAGUUUUUUUUUUCCUUUUGCAAACGUUUUUGCCUGUUUUUAUUUUUGCCAGUUAAUAAAAAUGUUGCG